UGAUUUAAGAUAAGAAUUGCACACCCCUAGCUACAGAAUGGUUUAGCCCAUCAUUGCUAUUCUACGGAAGGAGCAGGACAUCAGUGUGCAGGAGUAUUUUAAGCUAUCCCAACAUAACUCUGUGCUAUGUGAAUAGUUUGCUUACUACCAAGGUUAAAAUCCAAUACAUCAUGAAAGCAUAGGCAACUACCCACCCCUUCAAACAGACCAAGUAAUUCUGUCGUCUGAAACCUACGCCAUCCUCUCAAUGUCUAACAUCGGGAAUGGCCCAGGACCGAACGCACCUGGGAGUCAGCCAGACGACCAGGCCAAGCCUCCGCCCCAGCUACCCCCACCGUUGCCCAGAGGCAGGGAGGACGACCAACGCGACCUGCUGACCUCGCUGACCCGGAGAGCCUCCGGCGCGGAGCUCCAAAGCACGUGGACCUGCCCUGUCACCCACUCCAGAGAGACGUUCUACACCGUGUGUUCGGACUACGCCCUCCUGAACCAGGCCGCGUCAGUCUACCGCCCGCCCGUCACUUCCAGGGAGGCGGCUUCCAGCAAGCAGGAGGGCGGCGGGGCCCCGUCAGGGAAGCCCAACGCUGCGGACCCAUCCCAGGGGCACACUGCCGCGGUGGAGGAGGCCUCGGAGGAGGACUUCGACAUGGAGGACGUGUCCUGCGGCAACACCAAGCCUAUCCUGGCUUGGGAAAUUGAUACCACUAACUUUGAUGCCGUGCUAACUCGAAAACCCAGGACAAGCAACAUCAAACGAGCGAGCGCUAAGAAAAUGAAGACGUUAGGAGGAAGCAGGAACCUCCAGGACCUUCCUCUCCACGCCUCGCAGGAUGACAUCAAACAGAGGAAAGUCCUGGACCUCAGAAGAUGGUACUGCAUCAGCCGCCCCCAGUACAAGAUGUCAUGUGGGAUCUCUUCAUUAGUUUCUUGCUGGAACUUUCUGUACAGCACGCUGGGAGCGGGAAGUUUUCCACCAAUCUCCCAGGAAGAGGCUCUUCAUAUCCUGGGGUUCCAGCCUCCAUUUGAGGAGAUCAAGUUUGGUCCUUUCACUGGCAACGCCACUCUGAUGAGAUGGUUCCGGCAAAUCAAUGAAAAUUUCCGUGUACGUGGCUGUUCCUAUAUUCUGUAUAAGCCUCAGGGGAAACACAAGACUGCAGGGGAGACUGCUGAGGGGGCGUUGUUGAAGUUGACCCAAGGUCUUAAAGAUGACACUAUGGCCUACAUCUAUCACUGUCAGAACCACUACUUCUGUCCAGUGGGCUUUGAGGCAACACCUUUCAAAGCAGCAAAAGCCUACAGGGGUUCAUUACCCAAUAAUGAAAUGGAGCACUGGAUUCUCAUUGGUGAACCGAGCAGGAAACACCCUGCAAUUCACUGCAAAAAGUGGGCCGAUAUUGUCACCGAUCUGAACACACAAAAUCCAGAGUACCUGGAUAUUCGCCACACUGAACGGGGCAUUCAGUGCCGCAAAACCAACAAGGUGGGGGGGAACCUGCACUGCAUCAUGGCCUUCCAGAGGGUGAACUGGCAGAAGCUUGGUCCCUGGGCCCUCACCCUGGAGAACCUGAGGCAUGACCUUCUCCACCAGGGGACUGCAGAGGGCCAUGAAGACCGGGAGAAAACCUCAGGAAAACACCAGGCUUUGGCACGGCUAGGCCGAUCUAACAGCACAGGCACCAGUAACCAGAAAGACGUGUCCUGGAAACGUCUGUCCAACACCACGGAGUACCAACAUCGAAGCUCACCUGACAGCGAUCUGGAAGAUGCUGCAGAUGACUGAGGCUUGCUGAUCAAGCUAAAAGCUAAAUGCUGACAUAACGAACGUUUUCAUUGGGUUUUGCACCAAAAAGAGGCAACGUGUUAUUUGAUUUAUCUAGAACACGUAGGUAACCCCAUUCAUAUCCCAUCAUCCGCACAAUAACGUUCUUGGAUUAUUGUAUUGGCAAGUCAGUACAACAUACAAGUUGAUACACUUACCUGCAAAACAAUAUUAGAUUAACUCACCUAGCAAUGUAUAGAGGACUGCUGCUAUUAGGAAUGUCUGAUAUCGUUGCAUUUUAAGCCAUUAAGGAAUCAGAGGAUAAUGAGGUCAAUUUAUUAUGUACUUUUAAGUCAGUCAUUUGCUAGUGUGACUAAAGUCCGGAGACUACAGUGAAACCUAGUUCACAAACAUGCACCAAACGGUGUGUUUCCGCUGACAUGGCGGUGUCCUGUAAACCUGAUGUGUUUAAGUUGGGAGUUUUCCCUAAGAAAAUACCUGAGAAGCCCAAUCACCUACAGAUUUUCAGUUAGUAUUGCUGCCGAUGUCCGAAGGGAAAGGCAGGCAGUAGAAUAAGCAAGAUGGCUCCCAUGUUGUGUGAAACCACAGACUGAAGUGUCUGUGGUUCUGUGUUUAGAUCGAUCCCAACACUACUGUCAAUGUAUAGUUAUUUAUCCAUGUGGAUUUGAUGUAAUCAGUCUUCUUUUUCUUAAUAACAAUUUAUAAGAAAUAA